AUGACGUUCCUCCUCAACUCCUGCCUAGACAUAUUCGACAUCCGCUCACAGACCAAAACUGUCGACCAAGACCUAGGUCUUCUACAAGCCAUUGACGAACGACUCGCUGCGUAUGGCUGGCUCACGAACACGGGGAUAAAAUUUAUUAUUGUAGUAGAUAUGAUGGGCCGCCCACCAGCUCCGGACGAAGACAAGAAAUGGUUUCCGCCCGUUGUAGGAUUGAGAGAUGCUGACUUGAAACCGGCUUUCCGCGCCGUUCAGACGGCAUAUAUCCAGCUCAUGCUGAAUCCGUUCUACGCACCUGACGACCGAACGCCUCUCCAAAUCGCCAAUUGCGGAGGCAAGAGCCCCGAGAUCACAAGCAAGAGAUUCAUUAAUGAGCUGCAAAGAAUAGGGAAAGCAUGGACACCAGGAAUCGCCAGCAUAUGA